CUGACUCGCCAGCUACGCGCGGGGUGGAGGUAACAUUGCAAUCCUUAUGUCGACAUAAGCGAGGCAUAACAGUCAAGAUGGCAGAGCUAGUGGGUGCGCGUCCGCGGCAGCUGAGGACUUUUCGGGCACGAAGAGACGUCCUUGAUGAACUUCCGGACCCGGAAUUGAUCAAGAGGUACCGCCUGGACCGUGCAGGGAUACUCUUCGUGGCUGAUUUGGUGCGUGAGGCCUUGACUGCUCCUACAAACAGGAACCAAGCCCUCUCCCCGGAGAUGAAGGUCCUCGUAACACUGAGGUAUCUUGCUACGGGCAAAAUGCAGCAGUGUAGCAGCGACGACUUGGGGCCUUCACAACAGACCGUCAUCAGGGUCACCCGGGAGACUGUGUACGCCCUUGCACAGCCUCAUAUAGUGAGACGCUUCAUCAAGUUCCCCCUCACUGUGCAAGAAACUCAGGUGAAGCGGCGAGAGUUUGAGGAAAUUGCGGGAUUUCCUGGUGUGGUAGGGGCAGUAGACGGAACACAUGUGAGGAUUGUUGCACCCAAGGAAUUUGAGGCAGAGUAUGUGAACAGAAAAGGACACCACUCUAUAAAUGUGCAAAUCGUAUGUGACACACACGGGAGAAUUUUACACCAAACUGCAAACUGGCCCGGGUCUGUCCAUGACGCACGUAUUUUGCGUGAAAGUGCUCUGUUCACAGGGUUCGAGAGGGGUAUGGUCCCUGCAGGAUGCCACUUAUUGGGAGACAGUGCCUACCCCUCCAAGAAGUGGCUCCUGACACCCUAUGUACGACCUCAGCCGGGCCCACAGUCCGCCUAUAAUAGAGCACACAAAAGGACAAGGAGCACAGUGGAGAGGGGGAUUGGCCAGUGGAAGCGGAGAUUUCAUGUGCUCCAUGGUGAAAUCAGAGUCAGCCCUCCUGCAUAUGUGUGUAGAAUAAUACAGGUGUGUGCUAUUUUGCACAACAUCUGCAAAGACAGACGCCUCCCUGUACCCGAGGAAGGAGAGGACGAGGGUGAUGGUGCAGUUUUCCAUGAGGACCCACCUGUCCCACUACCACCUGUACCUGGACGAGUUCGGGAAGGUCUGCUCUACAGGGAUGAGUUUGUCAACCUUCACUUCAUUGACAGACCUCAACCUCAGCCUCGUGCAGCUGUGUGAUGCUUCCCGACCCAUCAACAGGUUAAUUCCACACCUACUUCCAACUCUGCAGCCUGCAGUUCAAGUUCC